AUGAUUAAUCUUAUUGCUUUCACAGGUUUUUGCGGCUUGAACCCACUUGAAGAAUUAGACCUAUCCUCUAAUAUGUUUGGAGGCAAUCUUCCUCGUUGUCUGCACAAUUUAACAUCAGUUAGAUACUUGGAUCUAUCCCUCAACAAUUUCACGGGGCAUGUUCCUUCAUCUUGGAUAUCUCGCCUCAAAUCCCUCAAGUAUAUUGAUCUUAGACAAAAUCUUUUUGAUGGAUCAUUCUCUUUCACCUUAUUUGCUAACCAUUCUCACCUUGAGGUAGUCGACUUUAGUGACAACAAAAUUGAGGUUGAGACAAAGUAUUCGGGUUGGGUUCCACCAUUUCAGUUAAAGGUUCUUGUCUUGAAAAAUUGCCAUCUCUCUCGUAUUCCUGAGUUUCUUCAUCACCAGUUCAGAUUAAAAAUGGUCGACUUGUCUAACAAUAAAAUACACCAAAGGUUUGCCACUUGGUUGCUUGACAACAAUACAGAACUUGCCCAUCUAAUCCUGAAGAACAAUAGUUUCAUUGGUCCAUUUCAUCUACCAUUAAACUCUAGCUUCAAUAUUUCUAGUUUGGAUGUCUCGGAUAAUUACUUCAAUGCACAGCUUCAAGAAAUUGGCGAAAAGAUGUUUCCCAACAUUGAGUUUCUCAAUUUAUCUAAAAAUCAUCUUCAAGGCGAUUUUCUUUUCUCACCCGGCGACAACUGUAAAUUGAGAAGCUUGGAUUUGUCUUUUAACAACUUCUCAGGUGAAGUACCGGAGAAAAUGAUUUCGAGUUGCACUUCUUUGCAAAUUCUAAAGCUAUCUCAUAAUAACUUCCAUGGCGAAAUAUUCACUGCCUUCCAUGGCGAAAUAUUCACUGCUCGAUUCAACCUUACUUCCUUAUGGUCUUUGAAUUUGAAUGACAAUAGUUUCAUGGGAACUCUAUCACGCGUGUCAGUCACCCAGUUCUCUUACCUAUCAGUAUUAGAUCUGAGUAACAAUAGAUUUCAUGGUGAGAUUCCACACUGGAUGAACAACAUCACAUAUUUGUUUCACGUAAACCUUUCUCAUAAUUCUUUCAGAGGUGAAGUAUCAUGUGAAUUUUUUUCAGCUAUUUACGUUGACCUCUCCUAUAACAACUUUUCUGGAUCAUUGCCUUCUUGUUUCAACCAGAUUCCUUCAGAAUUUAGAGAAACAAGGUAUAUAAAUAUGCAAGGUAACAGGUUGACCGGAUCAAUACCAGAUGAUUUUCUCAACAAAUCAGGACUGUUGGUAUUAAACUUGAAAGAUAACAACCUCUCAAGUAGCAUUCCCAAUAAAUUCGGUACAUUUCCAGGUACAUUUCCAAAAUUACGGCUCUGGGCUCUUCUAUUGGGAGGAAAUUAUUUAAAUGGUUUCGUUCCGAAUUGGCUGUGUGAACUAAAUGAGCUCAACUUCUUAGAUCUUUCAAGAAACUCUUUUUCUGGCUCCAUACCCAACUGUUUAUAUAAUCUCUCCUUUGGAAGGACGAAAGUUGAUGGCGAUCUUUUUGAAACACAAUUAGUUUUUGGUAGCAUACAAUUUGGUCUUUACUUUAGUGGAGAUGCCCUGGACAUAUAUCAGUUAUAUGGAGAACAAAGAAAUUAUAUCAUUGUCGACCCAAAAAUUGAGUUUGUUACAAAAUAUAUGCCUUAUAAUUUUAAGGGUCAUAUUCUCAACCUCAUGUCUGGAUUAGAUUUGUCGCAAAAUAAAUUAACAGGUGAGAUUCCAUUUGAUCUAGGGAAGCUAUUUCAGAUUCAUGCCUUGAACUUAUCCUAUAAUCAAUUGAUAGGAUCGAUUCCGGAAACAUUCUCGAAUCUUACAGCAUUAGAGAGCUUAGACUUAUCUUAUAAUCAUUUAAGUGGAGAAAUUCCUUAUGGCUUAGCAGAUCUAGACUCCCUAGGGGCAUUCUCUGUGGCUCACAACAAUUUAUCAGGUAGGAUUCCAGACGAACGACAUUUGAGUACUUUCGACAAUAGAAGCUUUGAGGGAAAUCCAUUUCUCUGUGGAUCUCAGGUGGAGAAAAAAUGCAAUCACGAGUCACUGAAUUCAUCACCAAUGCCAUAUGCAGAACCAGAAGAUGGAAAAUGGUAUGAGAUUGACCAUUUGGUCUUUUUUGUAAGCUUCACUGUAUCUUUUGCAAUUUUCUUUAUGGGAGUCAUCACUAUUCUUCAUGUCAAUCCUUAUUGGCGAGGAAGGCUUUUUCAUCAUGCUGAGCAGUUUGUGUUGUCAUGUUAUUACUUUGUGCAUGAUACUGUUUCCAAGUUGUUAUUUGGUCGUCUAUUCCAUUAA